UGGAGGCGCCCGCCGCGCUGGACGGGUUCGGCCGGCGGGCCCGUGGCGCAGGAGGAGGGCCUGGGGCCCCGCAGGCAGCAGCAGGAGAAGGGGGGAGGCGGCCCCGCAGUGCAGGAGCGCGGCGAGGCCCGUGCCGGGGUGCAGGAGCACGGGGAGGGCAGCCCACGCAGGCUUCUGCGGCAGCCGGAGGAGCUGCCCGCGUUGGCAGACGGCUCCUGCCGGCACACGGAGGACCUCGAAAGUUCGGACGAGCUCAGCUGGGAGAGCUGCGGACACCUGGGCAGGGAGGCGGUUGUCCUAGGAGCAUCCCCAGCGAGUGAGGACCGACUCGAGCUGCUGGGGAGGGCCAGGCCUGUGGGACCCCGUGGACCUGAAGGAGAGGGGCGCCUAGGGGUUCAGGAAGCAAAUUGGCUGCACGGGGUGCAGGAGGGCCAGGUAGUGUGGGCUGUUCAGGAAACGUAUCUGAACGGUAAAGUGUCCCCAGGGGGAGAAGGAUUCCAAGAGGGGCACAGGACCCGCAGGCGCAGACGGCGGAGGAGGUGGUGAUCUGCAAGCUGCUUUGCUGGCACCGGGGUUUCUCUAAGUGUCAAGAGUAAUGCGGGGAGAUGUAGGGGCUUGGGGAGCAAAAGAGCGCCCUGAACCUGAGCUUUGGAAGCCAUUGACGGAGGGUAGGCACUGGCCAGCAAGAUCCUGUCUGCUACCUCAAGUCUGAGAACCUCGAAGCUGUGUCUGCCUGGGGGCAGCUGAAAACUAAGGGUCUUCCUGUGCUGCAGUGGGAUCAGGAGCUGUAGCUCACUGUGGGGCUGGGGAAGGCAUGGUGGCAGGCAGCUCCUGCAGUGGUCACGGGAACAUAUGGUGUGGCUCACUCCUCGUUCCAGACCAGGGAGUAGAGGACACCUGGACUGGAGCCUGGGCUAGGCUGGGGAGCAGCAGCAUGCAGCCAGAGGAGGGAACAGGCUGGCUGUUGGAGCUGCUGUCCGAGGUACAGCUACAGCAGUAUUUCCUGAGGCUCCGCGAUGACCUCAACAUUACCCGCCUGUCCCACUUUGAGUAUGUCAAGAACGAAGACCUGGAAAAGAUUGGCAUGGGCCGGCCCGGCCAGAGGCGGCUGUGGGAGGCUGUGAAGAGGAGGAAGGCCGUGUGCAAACGCAAGUCGUGGAUGAGCAAGGUGUUCAGUGGAAAGCGACUAGAGGCUGAGUUCCCUCCUCAUCACUCUCAGAACACCUUCCGGAAGCCCUCACCCACCCCAGGGGGCCUGGCAGGGGAGGGGACCCUGCAGAGCCUCACCUGCCUCAUCGGGGAGAAGGACUUGCGCCUCCUGGAGAAGCUGGGAGAUGGCUCCUUUGGCGUGGUGCGCAGGGGUGAAUGGGACGCUCCUGCGGGGAAGACGGUGAGUGUGGCCGUGAAGUGCCUGAAACCCGAUGUGCUGAGCCAGCCAGAAGCCAUGGAUGACUUCAUCCGGGAGGUCAACGCUAUGCACUCACUUGACCACCGAAACCUCAUUCGCUUGUAUGGCGUGGUACUCACACCACCUAUGAAGAUGGUGACAGAGCUGGCACCUCUAGGAUCUCUGUUGGACCGGCUACGUAAACACCAAGGUCACUUCCUCCUGGGGACUCUGAGCCGCUACGCUGUACAGGUGGCUGAGGGCAUGGGCUACCUGGAGUCCAAGCGGUUCAUUCACCGUGACCUGGCUGCUCGGAAUCUGCUGCUGGCUACCCGUGACCUGGUCAAGAUUGGGGACUUCGGACUGAUGCGGGCCCUGCCCCAGAACGAUGACCACUAUGUCAUGCAAGAACAUCGCAAGGUGCCCUUUGCCUGGUGUGCCCCUGAGAGCCUGAAGACACGGACUUUCUCCCAUGCCAGUGACACCUGGAUGUUUGGGGUCACGCUGUGGGAGAUGUUCACAUAUGGCCAGGAGCCCUGGAUUGGUCUCAACGGCAGCCAGAUCCUGCAUAAGAUUGACAAGGAAGGGGAACGCCUGCCCCGGCCUGAGGACUGCCCCCAAGACAUCUACAACGUCAUGGUCCAGUGCUGGGCCCACAAGCCAGAGGACAGACCCACAUUUGUGGCCCUUCGGGACUUCCUGCUGGAGGCUCAGCCUACUGACAUGCGGGCCCUUCAGGACUUUGAGGAGCCAGAUAAGCUGCACAUCCAGAUGAAUGACGUCAUCACUGUCAUCGAGGGAAGGGCGGAGAACUACUGGUGGCGUGGUCAGAACACACGGACGCUGUGCGUAGGACCCUUCCCUCGAAACGUGGUGACUUCCGUGGCAGGCCUGUCUGCCCAGGACAUCAGUCAACCUCUACAGAAUAGCUUCAUUCAUACAGGGCAUGGCGACAGUGACCCUCGCCACUGCUGGGGAUUCCCUGACAGGAUUGAUGAACUCUACCUGGGAAACCCCAUGGACCCCCCCGACCUGCUGAGCGUGGAGCCGAGCACCUCCCGACCCACCCAGCACCUAGGAAGGGUAAAAAGGGAGCCUCCACCUCGCCCACCUCAGCCUGCCAUCUUCACUCAGAGUAAGUGGGGCUGCUCAGGGUGCCUGGGCCCCUGCCCCCGCCCUCUCUCUCCUCUCACUACUCCUCUCCUGGAAGAGCCAACAUACGACCCAGUGAGUGAGGACCAAGACCCUCUGUCCAGUGACUUCAAGAGGCUUGGCCUGAGGAAGCCAGCCCUGCCCCGGGGGCUGUGGCUAGCAAAGCCCUCGGCUCGAGUACUGGGCACUAAGGCAGGCCGCAGCAGCGGGGGCGAGCUCACGCUCAUCGACUUCGGCGAGGAGCCUGUGGUCCCAACCGCACGGCCCUGUGCACCCUCCUUGGCACAGUUGGCCAUGGAUGCCUGCUCCUUGCUGGACAAGACACCACCACAGAGCCCCACACGGGCACUGCCACGACCUUUACAUCCCACACCUGUGGUAGACUGGGACGCUCGCCCGCUGCCCCCACCCCCUGCCUACGAUGAUGUAGCCCAAGAUGAGGAAGACUUUGAAGUCAGCUCUAUUAACAACAGCCUAGUGGGUGCAGGGCUCCCUCCUGGGCCCAGCCAGGGUGAGACCAACUAUGCCUUUGUGCCUGAGCAGGUGCAGCUGCCCCCUGCCCUGGAGGAUAACCUGUUCCUUCCACCUCAGGGUGGAGGCAAGCCACCCAGCUCGGCCCAGACUGCAGAGAUCUUCCAGGCACUGCAGCAGGAGUGUAUGCGGCAGCUACAGGUCCCCACUGGCCAACUGACCCCCUCCCCUACCCCAGCAGGUGACGACAAGCCCCAGGUGCCACCCCGGGUACCUAUCCCCCCUCGGCCCACACGUCCACGUGUGGAGCUAUCUCCAGCUCCCUCAGGCGAGGAAGAAACAAGUCGGUGGCCUGGACCUGCCUCCCCUCCCCGGGUGCCUCCUCGGGAACCCCUGUCCCCUCAAGGUUCAAGGACCCCAAGCCCCCUAGUGCCGCCUGGCAGCUCUCCACUACCACACCGGCUCUCUAGCUCACCUGGAAAGACCAUGCCCACCACCCAAAGCUUUGCCUCAGACCCUAAAUACGCCACACCUCAAGUGAUCCAGGCUCCUGGCUCCCGGGCCGGCCCCUGCAUCCUGCCCAUCGUCCGUGACGGCAGGAAGGUCAGCAGCACUCACUACUACCUGCUGCCUGAGCGCCCUCCUUACUUGGAGCGCUACCAGCGCUUCCUGCAGGAGGCCCAGAGCCCCGAAGAGCCAGCCUCCUUGCCUGUGCCCCUACUGCUACCCCCACCCACUACCCCAGCCCCCGCUGCCCCCACGGCCACUGUUCGACCUAUGCCUCAGGCCGCCCCAGACCCAAAGGCCAACUUCUCCACCAAUAACAGCAACCGGCCACCAGCCCUGAGGGCCACCGCUCGGCUGCCACAGAGGGGCUACCCGGGUGAUGGGCAAGAGGCUGCACGGCCAGCAGACAAGAUCCAGAUGCUGCAGGCCAUGGUGCAUGGGGUGACCACAGAGGAGUGCCAGGCUGCCCUGCAGAGCCACAGCUGGAGCGUGCAGAGGGCUGCCCAGCAUCUGAAGGUGGAGCAGCUCUUCGGGCUGGGUCUCCGGCCACGGGUGGAGUGCCACAAAGUCCUGGAGAUGUUUGACUGGAACCUGGAGCAAGCCGGCUGCCACCUUCUGGGUUCCUGUGGCCCUGCCCAUCACAAGUGAACGCUGACGGUUGACUGGAGAGCAACGGUUUGCCCUUAAAGGAACCACGUGAACCUGUCUGUGGGUCAGGGUGCCCUGUCUCAGGCCUGAAGGACCCACUACUGCCUGCUGCUCCCAGUGGACAGAGCGAGGCCAGGCAGCAGGAGGCUGGGAGCCCCGCCUUGCCCACCUCACUCUCCACCCACCCAGCACUGUUCUGUACACCUUGGUUCAGCCCUCAGUGCCCCAACCAAGAGGUGGGAAGGAGCCUUGUGAAGG